UCAAAUCAAAUUAAUAACGAUGUUAAAGUACAAUAACAGAGAGAUGCAUUUCGGAGCUGUGCGGCUGCCAAUAUUGAUUUACGAUUUCUCUAGGUGCCGUUAUGCUUAAUUUCUGUUAAAGUGAAUGUAUCUGAUAGUUUCGUGCGGCAAAAGAAUCUUGGAUGAAGGAUUUUUAAAAACGUAGUCCGGUUAUUUUGACCUACGUGUCUUAGGUGCGAGGCUGGACAACAACCUACCUUGGGUUUCCUACUUAAUUAGCGCUUUUACUGCCAUACACCUUUGAGUUACAACAGCUUUUCCUAGUUUUAGUAUGAGCACGAUCGCAUAAUUCUGUAACAAUUGCAUUUUCUGGAUCAUCUUGUCACAAGGUUUGUGUCUCACAGAAACACAAUACUAAGAAAUGGACUUAAAGAGCAGUUAGAAAAUGCUUAAAAACAAUAUUUCACGCUUGUUAAUUACAUCACGGAUGACGCACGGCAGUUACGUCACGUAUUGUAAAAAAUAAUGUUAGGAGUACCCUUUGAAUUUAAUGUUACCAGUACAGCUCUAUUAUCGUUCCGUAUUGAACGUUCCUGAACGAGUGGAAUUGCACGGCAAUACGCAGGUUCGGUGAAUAUGGAAAGACGAAAUGUAAAACGAUUUUUUUUUAAUUUUUGAAAAAUAUGAAUUUUAUUAUACGUGCCUGCCGGCCUGUGUGUUACCCUUUACCGAUGUUGAUCAGAAGCAAAAAUGACACCGAUAUGCCCGCUUGCAAGUACCUGUCGAUGUCGCGAAAACGAGUGCUUCCUGUAUUUCCAAUCUUUCAAAUCUGCUCUGUUUUUUGAUGAUGGCUAGUUACCGCUUUUGCGAGCUCAUCGCGUCGUCCCGUCUUGCAGUAUUACUUCUCGUAUGUGUGUUUGGACACACGGGACAAGUUCAUAGAAGCAUCGUUGGAUCUGCAUUCGAAUGCGGAAUCUCGAAAAGGGCCUCAUCGCUCAUCAUCGGCGGAGAAGAAGCCAUCGCACACGAGUUCCCAUGGCAGGUAUCGUUACAGAAGCGCGGCCCGUUUAAAUCUGCCUGGCAGCACAACUGUGGCGGAAGCCUUAUCGAUGAACAGUGGGUACUUACGGCGGGUCACUGCUUUCGAAAAGUUGCCUGCCAUAAGUAUCGGAUUGCCGCUGGUGGACAUAAUUUAUCAGGCAUUAAUGAGCUAGACGGAGUUUACCGUAAACCAAAAAAGUGUGUCGUAAAUCCCAUGUACCAUUCAGCACCAUGCCUACGCCACAAUUACGAUUUUGCCCUGGUUCAACUGAACGAGCCCGUAGAUUUUGCUGGUAGCGACGGCUCUAUUGCGCCCGUGUGUCUUCCGUCUGAAGAUGACUUUGAUUCGUUUGACGAUCAAGAGUGUAUCGCAUCGGGCUGGGGUCAAACUAGCCGCGAAAACCGUACUAGACCGUCAGAUAUCUUGAAAAAAGUUCAAAUAAAGCCGAUAUCCUUUGAAAAAUGCCGCGCCGAUUAUUUAAAAAGAGACAUUUAUGCCAUCGGAAAAAGUAUUCUCUGCACAUCUUCGGAAACCCAAAGUGAUGUUUAUAAAGGUGAUUCUGGUAGUCCACUGCAAUGCGAACGUGGUCACCGUUAUGUUCUCGCGGGUCUUGUAAGUGGAGGCUACCGAAAGAUCGAUAUAAACUUACCGAUGCUCUAUGCACGUGUUAGCGAAGCAGUUAGCUGGAUUAACAAAGUACGAACAGAGCAGACAAACAAACUCGAGCGUUCUGAGCCUGCUAAACAAGCUGCUCAGAAUCAAUCGGGUUCAGACCUACCUAAAUAACAUCGUCGGAAGCAGCCAAGCUCUGACAAAUCUAAACAAUAUCGUGCAAGGCAGCAGCGAUAUGAGUCGUCUAAACACGGUAAUACUGGACCCGAAGAUUCUGGCUCGCGCGAACUGGAUUACAGGGGACUGUGACUUAGCCGGGCGGCAUUAUACGGAAAAACAGUAUUUAUUUUGGCUAACCAGCGUAAUCAGAAAGAAAAGUAAGUACUGGGAGAAAAUCAUUCGUGAAAAUUGAAAGGCGAAUCAACAGGGGCUUUUGAGUUAUCGUUAUAUUGAUCCGAAUCAACGAAGGAACACACGAGUUAAAAAUACCUUAGUUCGAAUCUAUGAAUAUAUCUAUAUCUGGUUUUGUUGUUUGAGCUUGAAUGUACAAGGAUUUAAAUCACUGCACUAUUAACAACAAAUGAGCAAGAUUUAUUAAAUUAUUACCGAUAUCGAUUUAAAAGAGUGUGAUGAGUAAUCUUCUAAGCCUUGGUCUAAAAUACCGUACGGAGGUCUAAUUGGCCCAGAUUAAUGAUUUAGUAAUAUAUACGUAUAUGUUCAAAUACUUUUAUAAAAUAAAGCUAUGCUUCAAAGGUUGCUGCUUGCUGUCCUACGAUACAAAAGAGAUGCGUUAUUUUGAAGAACGUGUUUUAACGUUUGCUUCCUAAAGAAAUCAUUGAAGAUCGGUACUUUUAUUUGCUCUUUACUGGCUUGACGUGGUUAUACACAAAAGAGGGACGUAUGGAAUGACACUGACCCUGUCUAUUGCCGGUUUCUGAAUAGACACAUAUAAAACUUGCUAGUUUGUUUUUGCUAAAUUUGUUUUUGCUUUUUGCAAAUGCAGUUUGACAUUUAACAAAGGUUCCAAUAUAAACAAAAAAAUCUCACAUCUGCUGUUACUUAAAAAACAACAAACGCAAUAUAUGUAGAUUCAGCAAUUGAAGUCCAUAAUAGAAAAAGCUGAUUAAUUAUAUGACCUAGAUUUUAGUUGGGGUGGACAAAUUAGGCUUUACACAAAAAUUCGAUGAUGAUAACGAUACGCUAGGGGAAAUCUGAUGCUCAACACCCAGAAAAACCGUCGAUAUAAAUUUAUCUGUGUGGUAAAGAUAUUUGCAAACUGAAAAAAUUUACCCUUUGGGGCAGUCGGGCUCUUGAAAAAAACUACUGAAAUAUUACAAUGUAAACGCCUAGUAUUUUUUAUUAUCUAUUAUAAACCAAACUCAAAUGUAGUGUUUUUUUCAAAAUUUAUUAACGCACGUCUCACCCUGUGCUUAAGUACCCGUCGACCUAGCAGGCCGUAAUUUCUGCCAUGUUAAAACAGUUUUUCCAUCUCAAGAUUGUAACUGCUUCAUUUUAGGUUUUGCUUGAUCCUCGGAAGGAGAAAAAGAGGGCGCUAGGUCUGGUGGAUAAACUCAGAUAACAAAAAUGUGCCGUUGAGAUGAAGCUUUUCUUUAUAACUCGCGAUGCAAACACGGAAUCGAGGUGGGCUUUCACUAAAAACGCAUUCGUCUCCUGAUACAAAGUUUGCUUAUAAGACUACGAAUAGCCUCUUUAAAUUGCUUGGAAUCACCUGUGUGAUUCAACAGUUCUCUCAGCUCUCUGUGAGUAAUUCAACGAUCCUCUAGCACGGAUUAUUUUACUUUUCCCACAGUUUCGUCCGUACUCGAUACAUUAGAUUGCCCAGAACGAAGAUUGUCCUUAAGCCUGUUUGCUGAUUGCGGAACCCUAGGCAGCACUGACAGGCUUCACAUUGACCUAUGUUCUGGACUUGGAAGCUUUUAGAUACUAUCGAUCUUGCAUUUGCUUUCGAAAAAAAGACGAAAGAACAACGAACACAUAAUCCAUUUACUUACAGGUGCUUGUAGAGUACCAGCACACGCUCAAGUGUCUUGAAUAUGGUACGUGAGUAUUAUACAAUCCCAGUACGCGUAUGUCGCCUUACAAACAAAUAUCCAGCGCUUAUCAAUACCUUCUUGAUCUAGUGUCUUAUGGUAACACUCGCUUUUCACUCACUUUUUGGUGUCCAUUCUGAAGCAAAGCCAAUAGACAGAUCAUAAGUUUGCGCACAUUAAUCCACGUUAUGGGGGUAACAUCUGUAUAACCGCACUUCUUAAAGCAAGCGUAUCCAGCUAUAACAGUAGACUAUCUGGAUAAGCUCUGCUGGAUCAGAGCUUUCUUUCGCCUCGAAGACGAGCCUCAGGAAAACACCAACCUUACCGUUUUGCUGAUGUCGCUUAAAGGAACAACACUCAACUUUGUCAGACUUAGUUAGUCCUGCACCACCUAGUUGGCUUGCAUGAAUGGCUUCACGGUCCCGCUUGGUCAAGUAGUUAGACAUUUUUGGCACGGAAAAAAACUGGUUAUCUAUUAGGUUUCUACGGAGUAUACCUUUGAGGACCUUCGUCUCGAAAGACGUGGUCCUUUAUCGUAGUUACCGCUUGGCAAGAUAUCCGCAUUCUUCGAGCCAUGCUUUCGGGGUAGUUUAUUUUUUUUGUCCAUAUUAAACCUUGCCAUCCAUUAAGUGCAAAUGCCCCAAGUGCAGCGAUGCUCCUUUGUUACUUACUAGCAGA